AUGGUCUUUGAUAUCGGCAGGUUCCGACGCCAGGAUGUCAUCCUUCAGAUAUCCCCGCUGACGCCGCAGCCUGUGCGUAGAGGGCGAAUGGCUGUGGAGGCUGUAACUGCUGUGAUCUUCGCUGAUGCCCUGGCAUCAUUAGUCAGCCUAUAUUUGACCCCUCGAUAUCAGAAUGGAGACUUCACGGCGAGUCACCCUCUGUCGUCCUGCCAGGUUUUCACCAACGCCGCGAGGGAGAGAGAAAAAUCCUGUCGUCUCGUGCCAGACGAGGUGAACGCGGACUACGGGUACAUAAUCACCACGGUACCACCCGCGCCGCAAAUGGCUUCAUCUAUUGCAAUCGUGACGGGCGGAGGGGGGGACAUCGGCCAGGCAAUCGCGCUGAAGCUGGGCGCAACCCAUGACCUGGUGGUCUUGGUCGAUAUCGACGAGGCAAAGACCAGCGUUGCCCUGGAUCGUCUUGGCCGGGAGAAGUUCGGCAUGCAGAUAUGCGACAUCACAGAUGGCGAACAGGUGGCGGAGAUGGCGCGGCUGGUCCUGUCGAAAGGCGCGGUGCGGACGCUCGUGAACAAUGCCGGCGGAACAAGGGCGUUUAGCCUGCACGACAUGACACCAGAGCAGUGGCGGGACGAGACAUCGUUGAACCUCGAUGCGGCCUUCCUCUGCCUCCAUGCCUUUCAGGACUCGCUCAAACAGACCAGAGGCUCCGUCAUAAACAUCGCCUCCGUCAACGGCCUGUCCGUCUUUGGGAACCCUGCCUACAGCGCCGCAAAGGCUGGUCUCAUCCAUCUGACCAGGUCCAUCGCGGUAGAGUACGGGAAAUUCGGCAUCAGAGCCAACGCGGUUGCGCCGGGGACGGUGCGGACUGCUCCCUGGGAGAGUCGAAUGAAAGCCAACCCAGACGUCUUCAGGGACGUCGCUCAGUGGUAUCCGCUCGAACGUAUCGUUGAGCCACAGGACGUAGCCAACGCUGUGUCCUUCUUAAGCAGCAAUGAAGCGUCUGCCAUCACAGGCGUCUGUCUACCUGUUGAUUGUGGUCUGACGGCGGGACAGACAGCCAUUGCUCGAACCAUCACGCAGUCAGACCACUACUAA